CAACCUUUAAUGUGGAAAAAAGCACCCAAUAUUAUAAAAGAAGUAAAGUAGAUUCUCACUGUCCUGUGGCAUUCACUUCCUUUAUUGCGUUCCUCAAUUGAAACUUUUUUAUUUUUAUUUUUUUUUAAUUUGAAUCAAAUUGCUUUAAUUUAUUUUCCUAUUCAAGUUAAAUUAAUGAUUUAUAGUUUCAUAUCCGGUUAAACGCAAUUAACUGUGAACUUAACAAAAUCUUAAUUUCAGUACAUAAUUAUAGAAAGUGCGGGCUAAUGCUAACAUCACCCACCCCACACUACAACAACCAGAUCUUGCAGCCAACAGAAGCUUCUCUUUACUGUCUUUUUCUCUCUUGAGAAUUCUAUGUGGAACAAAAUUUGGAUAUGAAUUUGGGAAAUGAAAAUAUAUUAAGAGAUACCUUCGAAAUAAUACCAUGAGAGCAGCAGUUCUAAGUAUCUUCUUCUUCUUCAUAUUAUUACUGCUUUUAUCUUUCAGUUUUCAAUUUCAAGAUUUGGUUGCCAAGGGGAACACCAGGAGGAUUCUGCAUCAACCACUCUUUCCAGUAAGUUCAACACCGCCUUCGCCUUCGCCUCCGCCGCCGGCUGAGCCUGUCAUUUCUAGUCCAGAACAGCCUUUUUUCCCAGAAGUUCCUGCUGGGACUACACCAGAUCAGACACAUCAAACUCCACCAGCUCCAGCAAAUGGAACUCCAGUGGCAAACUCAGUUGCAAGUACACAAGCAGCAAAGCCAGUCAAGAAAGUGGCAAUUGCAAUAUCAGUUGGAAUUGUCACCUUGGGAAUGUUAUCUGCCUUGGCAUUCUACCUUUACAAGCACCGUGUUAAACACCCUGAUGAAAGUCAAAAGCUUGUAAGGGGGAAUUCUGAUCAGAGGAUCAAUGAGGAAUCGGGAACGCCACCUUCUACUUUUCUUUACAUUGGGACGGUUGAGCCAUCCGCUAAGACAUCAGCUAUGACUGAGUCCAAUGGUGCUAAUGGCUCACCUUAUCGAAAAUUGAGCUCUGUAAAAAGAUUGGAGACCAGGUAUAGACCAAGUCCUGACCUUCAACCCCUUCCACCACUGACCAAACCCCCAUCCCCUCCUAGCAUUAAUUCACCUACUGCAGUGUCAUCAUCUGAUGAGGAGAGUCAUGACACUGCGUUUCACACUCCACAAGGCUCAUCUGUCAGCAACGAAGAAGGUUUCUACACUCCCGGUUUACGCGAGAGUUACCAAAGCAACAAGAACUAUGUCCCUUAUUCAAAGAGAACUUCUCCAAGAUCACGCCUUUCUGAUCCAUCCCCUGAUUUAAAACAUGCUAUAAUACCAUCCAUUAAGCAAGCUCCAGCUCCUCCACUUCCACCACGGCAACCACAAGGGGGUCAGUUGGAACAACUUCCACCUGAGCCCCCCUUGCAGUACACUAAGCCAGAAUUGCCAUAUGUGCCAAAGAGGGCUAAGUUUUCAUCACCACCUCCGCCACCAGAUAUGGCAAGGCUUCAAUUGAUGAGCAAUCAAGCCCAACAAAUAGCAAAAACACCACCACCUCCUCCUCCACCUCCCCCUCGACCACCACCUCCACCACCACCCCCACUUCAAUUCUCAACACCCCGCAAACCGGAAGGAUCACAUUCAGCAGCUUAUCCUCAAAUGGUCAAGACAGAGUCAAGGAGUCCCACUCCAAAAUCAACACCAGGGAGUGAGAAGACAAGUUCUUCUGAAGAACAAAAUGAAGGUGCCAGUUCUUUAGAAAGACAUGAUUCCGGCGAUACAGAUCCAUCCAAGCCUAAGUUGAAGCCUUUGCACUGGGACAAAGUGCGAGCAACCUCUGAUCGAGCAACAGUGUGGGACCAAUUGAAAUCGAGCUCCUUCCAAUUGAAUGAGGACAUGAUGGAGUCACUUUUUGGAUGUAAUUCAGCAAAUUCUGUACCAAAGGAAGCUACAAGGAAAUCAGUCUUUCCUCCAGUUGAGCAGGAGAAUAAGGUACUUGACCCCAAGAAAUCGCAGAACAUUGCCAUAAUGUUACGAGCACUGAAUGUAACUAAGGACGAGGUUUCUGAAGCCCUUCUAAAUGGAAAUCCUGCAGGACUAGGACCUGAGCUUCUGGAGACUUUAGUCAAGAUGGCUCCGACAAAAGAAGAAGAGAUAAAACUAAGAGAGUACAGUGAAGACGCCUCAAAGUUAGGGCCUGCAGAACGAUUCCUCAAGACAGUGCUUGAUAUACCAUUUGCAUUCAAAAGAGUGGAAGCCAUGCUUUACAGAGCAAAUUUUGAUGGUGAAGUGAAAGACUUAAGGAAAUCCUUCCAAACCCUUGAGGUAGCCAGUGAAGAAUUGAAGAAUAGUAGACUAUUCCUCAAACUCCUUGAAGCUGUCCUAAGGACAGGAAACCGCAUGAAUGUUGGAACUAAUCGUGGUGAUGCCAGAGCUUUCAAACUUGACACUCUUUUGAAAUUAGUAGAUAUAAAAGGAAUAGAUGGGAAGACGACCUUGCUUCACUUUGUGGUCCAGGAGAUUAUCAGGUCAGAAGAGCUGGAUUCUGAACCACCUGACGAUGAUCUUUCUAAUAAAGCAAACAUCAAAUUCAAAGAGGAUGAUUUCAAGAAGCAAGGUUUGCAGGUUGUUUCUGGAUUAAGCAGAGAACUUGGUAAUGUCAAAAAAGCAGCAGCUAUGGACUCAGAUGUCCUGGAAAGCUAUGUCUUGAAGCUUGAAGUGGGACUUGAUAAAGCAAGAUCGGUUUUGCAACAUGAAAAGAAAGGUAUGCAAGGUGACUUUUUUGAAUCGCUGAAAGUAUUUCUUAAGGAGGCAGAAGAUGGGAUAGUGAGGAUAAGGGAAGAAGAAAGAAAGGCCUUAUCCAUGGUCAAAGAGGUAACAGAAUAUUUUCAUGGUGAUGCUGCAAAAGAGGAAGCUCAUCCGCUCAGAAUAUUCGUGAUCGUGCGAGACUUCCUCUCCAUAUUGGAUAAUGUGUGCAAAGAUGUUAGACGGAUACAGGAUCAAACAGUGGUAGGUGGUGCAAGAUCAUUCAGAAUAGCUGCAACUGCAUCACUACCGGUCUUAAACAGAUAUAAUGUGAAACGAGAAGGGAGUCGGGAUGAUGAUAGCGUAUCACUAUGAGAUUUAUGUGAAAAUAAUUCAAUCUCAUUAAUGAACAAGUACAUAUGGAGCUUGAAAUGGGGAAAAGCAAAGCCAGAUUGAAGCAGCCUCAAAUCUUCAAGGAGACAUUAACAAUUUGGUGCUAGCAGUCAAAGAUAGCACUCAGCUCCAUGAUCAUGAAGCAAUAAGUGAAGGAACAGUACAAAGAGUAGGCAGUCAGAGUAGGCAGUCUAUACAUCAACCCUUCCAAAAUAUUAGACAGCGACAUUGUAGGACUCCAUCAAAUGGGACUAGUUAAUUCAUAAUCAACCUUCAAUGCAAAUGAAUCGAUAUGAGGUAAAGGAAUUAUUCCUCUUUUCCUUCCCUUUGAGACGGAUAUAGACCUAGACGUAGUCCUGUUCAUUUGUAAACAUAUGCAUAAAAGUUCAACGCUAGGCAACAUGAUAUCAUGCUGUAAUACAAAGAAACUAUUCCUGUUACUUUAUAGAAUAAACAUUCUUUA